AUGACCGACAUUGCUAAGUUUGAGCAGUUUGGCUUAAAUACGUUUUACAAUGCCAUUCCGACAUUGGAUAAUGCUGGUGAUUGGUUCCAGUGGAAUCAGAAGGUCAAUGAGUUCAUCCGAAUAUCCACUGUCGCCGAUGAUGGAGCAACUCCGCCGGCGGAGGAAGAGGAGGCGCGGCAGUGGACCCAUCGCCAAAAGUUCUACUCUGCAAUGAUCGCGGCCAAGCUGACGCACAAUGCAGCACAACGAAUCAAAGCCUCUGAGAUAUCUCAAGUUGAGACCCUCAUCAAAGCAGUAAAGAAUAACUUCAAACCGGAGGGCACUGGAACAUACGUCAAUCUCCAGCGACAGUAUAUGUCCCUUACAAGAGAGAAAUGCGGAAGUGCGCAAGCCCUAGGAGCCGAGAUCAGAAAGAUCCACGCUGAAAAGCUUCUACUCGAUCCAGACUGCGUAACCUCGGAAAUCGAGCGAACAUUCUUCUUCAUGCAUGCACUUGGGUCCAGAAUGGACCUUGUUAAUGAAAGGGACCCGAAUGGAACCGUUACAAAAGCAGCACCCUCAUUCGACUACAUUGAAAACAAGGCAAUUGAGGAAGAGCACAGAAAGGGCCAACUAGGCAGACAACCCACUGAGGCGCGGGCGCUUCCUGCUCUCGCCCUAGUACGAGGGCCAGGCGAGAAGAAAGUUAUACCGUCAUCAGACGGAAACACAUGUCGAAUUGAGAUUGAUAAUGUUCCGUAUUGCUCAUUCUGCCGAAAACCUUACCAUAGAGACUCGGGAUGUUUCAGCAAGAACCCCAGACUAAAGGAUCAGAAGAGAGAUGGAAAGAAGCCAAGGCCGAAGCCAGGCAGUUCCUCUCCAGCACUGAAGUCGCUGAAGAGGCAGCCCACCACUGACGACGAAGACGACGAUGUGGGUGGCCCGAAGGACUCAAAGAAACCCACCUUCAUGGCAAUGAGGGUCACAGAAGAAGACGUCAAUGCAGCAUUCGGAAAGGACAUUGAAGGGAACCUUGCCGUUACUGGCCACACCCUCGCAAUGAUGGCUACAAAGACUCUCUCGAUCCACGACGCUUGGAUUGUCGACAGUGGAUGUGCUCAGCACGUUUGCAAUAAUAGAUCGAAGUUUGUCCAGCUGAACAAUUAUUGUGGGCCGCCGCUCAGGAGUGUCGAUGCCUCGACGGCCCCACUGGGAGUGGGAACGGUGAACAUCCUCUGCAGCGUACGAGACAGGAGGAAAUGGCUUGUCCUUGACAAUGUCCUAUUUGUCCCAUCAGCACACGCAAACCUUAUAUCCGUGAUGCAGCUGCUCAAACGAGGAGCCAAGGUUGAGUUUUCAAGUCAAGGUGCACGUAUUCGCAGCAAAUCAAAUGGAAGGAAUCUUUACACCGCAAGCCAGUAUCAGGGGGUCUAUGCCCUCGAUCUAUGGACCAGUCUCACUUUUCCAGCUUACCAUGUCAGUCCUCAAAUGAAGCUCUGGCACAAUCGGCUGGCUCACAUGAGCGAUACAAAUUUACGACAUCUUAAAAGGCAAGCCUACGGCGUAAGAGACGUAGAGCCGAGGCAGCCAUGCAACCCAUGCCUCCAGGGCCGAAUGAUCGAGAAACCCCACGGUCGCUCAGGACCGCAUCGAAGAGGUGAAUACCCAAUGGAACUUCUUCAUAUCGACGUUGCAGGACCAUUUGAUGAGGGACUCGACGGCAGUUGCUAUUGGCUCACCAUCGUCGACGAUUCAACCGGCUGGAUAGAGAUCGUCCCCAUACCACGACGGCAAGGAUUUGUCAUUGAAUCACUCCGCUUCUUCAUCGACCACAACGAACGUCCUGAACGAAAAUGCAGACGAAUACGCCUCGACCGGAUCCCUGAACAAGUGGGAGAAGAAAUGAAGUUCACACUUUUCUCUCGGGCAAUUAGGGCCGAGGUCACAGGCGUGGAUCAACAUCAGCAGAACGGCGUUGCUGAAAGAGCCCAUAAGACAAUAUAUGAUCGAGUUGGACCCACACUGGCCCAUGCAAAACUUCCGUUCAAGUUCUGGCCGGAGAUAGCACGCACUGCAGCAUUUCUCUCCAACCGGUCGCCGUCAUCAAGGCUUAACAUGACACCGUACCAAGCGUGGUACGGCGAGAAACCUGACCUGUCACGACUGAGAGUGAUUGGAUCCAGAGGGGAAUACCUGAUCCCACCCAAGCAAAGGAAGAAGCUCACGGAGCCAAGAACAAGGCCAUGCAUCCUGCUAGGCUACGAAGGAAACACCAACUACCGUAUCUUGCUGGAGGACGGAAGAAUCGUUGGCACUCCAAAUGCUGAAUUCCAUGAAAUCCUUACAAAUCCCUCCACGCAGACUAUAGAAGACGUGGGAGCCAGACUGAACGGCUUACCUGAGGCAACGGCUGCUGCCGCAGGGGGGAACAAGACGACAGGACUACUGGACCAACCGUCUGUAAGCAUACGGCAAGCAUCCGUACCAGCAUCUGGACGCCAAGUGUCGAUGGCAGCACCAGAGCGGAUACUACGCCGGUCGAGUAACGAGAACUCGCAAGAACAAGUGUUGUCUCAAUCGAGUGACGAUGACUCGCAGCCUAAUGUUGCUGAACAGGGAGAUAGGACCUUGUCCCCGAUAUGGAGUGAUGACAGUUUUGGAUCAUUUUCGGACUUUAUACAGGAUGAUUUCCAGACGAGUGAGUCACUGACCGACGGCGACCAGCAACAGGACGACACUCAACAACGAGCGCUACCCCAGUCGAGUGACGAUGACUCGCAGCCUACUGUUGCUGCACAGGGAGAUAGGACCUUGUCCCCGAUACGGAGUGAUGACGCCUCUGGAUCCCUCUCGGAUACUAUCCAAGACGAUCUCCAGAGAAAUGACUCACUGUCCGACGGCGACCAGCAACAAGGCAACGCUCAGCAGUAUCAAGUUCAAGGAGGAUGGCAACGAUAUCCAGAACUCCAACUUGACCGAUCAGUCCAUGUCGUGCAACAAGAAGCACUAGAACGACAUCCUGAACUGAAAACCCGUGCCUUACAGACGACACAGGAUACGUCUAAUGAUGGCGAGGAAGAUCUUGCACUAAUGAACAUACCUGAAGGGAAUACAAUCCCAACAUUCUUAACCAUCGCUGCAGAAGAAACGGAACCCUUUGAGCCCAAGACUCUUCAGCAAGCGAAGAACGACGCAAGCUGGCUUGAAUGGGAAAAGGCAAUGCUUGAAGAGGUCAACUCGCUCAAACAAAACAAGACGUGGGAGCUUGUUGACCCUCCCAAGGACCGACGGACUCUGAGCGGAAAAUGGGUCUUCAAGCUUAAACGUGGACCUCAUGGGGAAGUCAUCCGUCACAAGGCUAGAUGGGUAGUGAGAGGGUUCACGCAAAAAGAGGGUGUCGACUAUGACGAAACCUUCGCUUCAGUCGUCAAGCCAAUGAGCUACAAAACGCUCUUCGCAAUUGGAGCGGCUCUGGGCCUUGAGAUUGAACAAAUGGAUGUCAAAACGGCAUUCCUCUACGGCGAAAUUGACCAUGAGAUCUACCUCGAACAGCCCCAUCUCGUGGCAGAUGGCACGCCAAGGGUCUGCAGGCUCCGGAAGGCGCUCUAUGGUCUUAAGCAGGCUCCUCGUAUCUGGUACCAAACUCUUACAAACUUCCUGCGCGGUCUCGGCUUCGAGCCAAUCAACGCUGAUCUUGGAAUAUUCGUGCGGAGCAACAUGUAUAUCGCGGUGAUCAAGAGAGCCCUCAGAAACCGUUUCCACAUGACGGACCUCGGACCGCGCACCUAUUAUCUUGGAAUGUCCAUCCAGCGAGACCGCCAGAACAGGAUACUGUACCUGAGCCAAGAAGCCUACAUCGACAAGGUGAUUCAUCAGAUCUCUCAUGUACAUUAUGCUCGGAACCAGAGGAGAAUCGCAUAUGCGGUCUCUAUAGCGAGCAGAUACCUGGUAAAUCCUGGACCGCAACACAUAAAACUUGCUCGGCGCAUCCUACGGUACCUCAAUGGCACGAAAGGACUCAGACUCACCUAUAAGGGCCACCCUCAAAUGCUGAAGGGCUUUACGGAUGCUGACUGGGCUGGCUGCCGCGACACACGACGAUCAACGGCUGGAUACCUCUUCAACAUCGGGAGCGGGGCAAUCAGUUGGCAAUCCAAACGUCAGAACAUUGUCGCUCUAUCAACCUGCGAGGCCGAAUUCCUAGGACAGACACAGGCAACCAAGGAAGCGAUCUGGCUGAGAAGGCUACUCAACGAGUUGAAUAUGAGCCAAGGAAAAGCCGCAACGAUCAUCUGUGGCGACAAUCAGGGAGCCAUCGCUCUGUCAUCGAACCCACAAUACCACUCACGUACAAAGCAUAUGGAAAUACAACGUAAAUGGCAAGGGGAAGUCCAAGAUGCAGGAACGGUUGAAUUGAAGUAUAUCCCAACUGCGGAACAAAUUGCUGAUGGGUUCACCAAGCCUCUUGCGCGAGACAGGUUCGAAUGGUUCCGGAGAGGGCUUGGCAUCGAAUGA